ACCAUUUCAAAUGGUGAUCCCUCCUCCUCAGUUUCCGCCACCCCUUUGCCUCGCGCUCCUCUCCUUGGUUUCAUCUCUUUGCCACCCUUGGUUGGCUUCUUUUGCUGAACGCAAGAACACGUCAGAGAAGGGAGAAGGACGUCGAUGGAGUGCAAUCAACCACUUGCUCCUAGGAAAUCCAGCAGCUUCUCCUCCGGCCGCGACGAGAAGCGCCGGGAGAUCGACCGCAACUUCUCCUUGGGCACCGUCAAGUUGGAACAAGGCCACGAGAGGAAGGAGAGACGCAACAAAGAGACCAUUCAGGAAGAGGAGGAGGAGGAGGAGGAGGAGGCCGAGGAGAGGGCCGGAAAGAUGGGGGAGGGUGCAAGCAAUGGUGAGGAGCCGGAAGCCAAUUUGAUUACCGUCUCCGGAGACAUCGAUAACUUCCUCGCCGUCCUUCUCGCCGUCGGAGAUGGUCGAGAUGGGAGGCACGAGCCACCGGAGAUCCCUGAAUCUACCGUCGAGAAGUUUGUGGUUUUGGUGGAGGAGGAGAUGGCCACGUACGAAACAGGCGACGAGAAGUGGCCCUCCGGUGGUGCCGAGUCGUCGCUUCUCGAUGCGAUCGACAGGGUCUCGAAGCUGACGACGGGGUUGAGGAAGUUCUCGUCGGAGCCCAAGUACCAGCAGGCGAUGAACCGAUCCGGCACCGUCCUCCACCAGGCCAUGUGCUUCCUCGAAGAUGAGUUCCACUCGUUGCUUCAGGACGCUAGAACAAAGCAGGAGGCCGUCAGCAGCAGCUCCAAGACCAAGCCGCAGCCCUCGUUCAGCCGCCUCUACGAGUUCGAUCGCCACGUGCCACCCUCGUCGGAACCAAGUUCCUGCGUGCCUUCCCCCGCGUAUCCACCGGAGGCCGUCGAGAGGCUGCACAAGAUCGCCGACGCCAUGAUCUCCGCCGGGUAUGAUGCCGAGUGCUGCCAGGUGUUCGCCGUCGCCCGGCGCAAUGCCUUCGAGGCAGGACUGCCGAGCCUCGGUUUCGAGAAGGUCAGCAUCGAGGACGUGCUGAAGAUGGCAUGGGAGUCCCUGGAGUCCGAGAUCGCGACGUGGAUCAAGGCCUUUCGGCACACCAUCACGGCCUCCAUCUCCGCCGAGCGCGAGCUCUGCGAGGCUGUUUUCGCCAGCCACCGCGCCAUCUCCGACCGCCUCUUUCGCAGCUUAGCCCACUGCGCCAUCAUCCAGCUCCUCACCUUCGCGGAGGCCGUCACGAUGACCAAACGCUCCGCCGAGAAGCUGUUCAAGGUGCUCGACAUCUACGAGGCCAUGCGCGACGUGAUGCCGAUCGUCGACGCCCUGCUCCCGGACGAAGCCGACCAGGAAGAAUCCUCCAUCCUUGUGGAUCCCAAGACGGAGAUAUCCUCGGUACGGUUUCGUCUCGGAGAGGCAGCCGUCGCAAUCUUCUGCGAACUGGAGAGCUCCAUCAAAGCCGACAGCAGUAAGACCCCUGUGCCCGGCGGCGCAGUCCACCCGCUCACCCGCUACGUGACGAACUACCUCAAGUACGCCUGCGAGUACAAGAACACGCUGGAGCAGGUCUUCAAGGAGCACAGACAUUCCGAGAAGCCAUCGUCCACCGACGGGGACGGCGACAAUUCACGGGGAAGCGGCGGGGGCGGCAGGGGCGACAACCGCGGCAACAAUGGCGGCAACGGAAAUUACAAUCCGUUCGCAGCUCAACUAGUGGGGGCGAUGGACUUGCUGCACUCCAAUCUGGAGUCGAAAUCGAAGCUGUACAAGGACCUCGCUUUGAGCAACAUCUUCUUGAUGAACAACGGGCGGUACGUCGCGAAGAAGGUGAAGGGGCUCGACCCGGGGAGGCAGACGGAGAAGUACAUCAAGUUCGGGGCGGAGGAUCUGGAGAAUCUGAUCGACGAGCUGUUCGACGGCAACCCUUCUUCCAUGGCGAGCAAGAGGAGGACGUGAGGGGGGGGCUGCUGGUGGUGGUGAGUACGCUGCCGUUGUGUCGUCUUCCACCGUGUUCGUCGGAAUCCUCUAAUCGAGAAAUCUGGUUGCGCAGGAGGCGACGACGAACAACUGCUGCGCUCCACGAUCUGGAUUCCGGGCCUCGUUCAUGCUGGGCUCGAGGAAGGCAGAGCAUUCUCGCGGGGAGCCGAGCUUUCUGCGGCUCAACACAGAGCGACCGUAUUCUGCCCUUUCCGUUGCUUGUGUGGGUGUCUUGAACUCGUUAUGCUUCCUAGUCAUCACGACGAGUCUUGUUGGACUCUGGAAAGAUCAUGAUCUCCAUCACACAAAAAAUAAAGCAAAUCUCAAUUAUCUGAUUUAUGAUCCA